AUGUCUUCUUCUGUACCUACCCUGCCCAAACUGACCAUUACUAAGUGGUCGAACUCAGGCGACACCAACAACUUCGAUGUGGUAAACCCGGCAACGGGCCAAGUCCUCACCACAGUCGCUGGAGGCGAUACAAACACUGCAGCUGCCGCCGCCGAAGCCUCCCAAAAGGCAUUCAACAGCUGGCGUUGGCUACCUCCAGCCCAGCGCGCCGGCCUACUCAUCAAGUGCUCGGAAGCCCUGGAAAAACAUGGGGAGGAGCUCGCCCACCUUCUGUGCCUUGAGAACGGGAAGCCAUACCAGGACGCUCUCCUGUUCGACGUCGGCUUCCUCGUCGGUGCCUUCCGCUACUUCGGCUCCCUGGCUGACAAGCUGCCCGACCAGUUCUUCGACCGAGGCUCCAUGUACGCCACGGUCAUGCGGGAGCCGUACGGGGUCUGCGUGGGCAUCUUGCCGUUCAACUGGCCGCCCAUCCAUCUCGGAGGCAAGCUGGCGCCAUGCCUUGCCGCAGGAAACACAAUGAUCAUUAAGCCGGGCGACCAGACCCCGCUCACGGUUCUGCGGGCCGUCGAGAUUCUGCAGACUGUGCUGCCACCUGACGUCGUCAUUGCGGUUCCUGCUCGUGGCCCCGCGGUCCCCCAGGCCUUGGUGGCCAACCCGGCUGUCCGCGCCGUCAGCUUCACGGGUUCGACAACCGCCGGAGCCGCAGUAGCACGCACGGCGGCAGACACGAUUAAGCCUACGACGUUGGAGCUGGGAGGGAAGAAUGCAAUGAUCGUGUUUGAGGAUACGGACUUGGACCGCGCGGUUGCCACUGCCCUGGAGGGGAGUUUCUUCAACAAGGGCGAGGCGUGUACGGCGACGAGCCGUCUCCUCGUCCACGAAGCAGUCCAUGACGCCUUCGUGGACAAGUUGUCCGCGGGCGUCCGGAAGAUCGUGACGGGUAGUGGAAUGGAUCCCAAGACGCACGUGGGCCCGUGUGUGAACAAGGCUUCCCAGGAGCGUGUGCUGGGGUAUAUCCAGAAAGGCAAGGAGGAGGGAGCGACAGUCGCUGCUCAAGGCGCGCUGCCGUCCAACCCAGAGUUGCAGGAUGGCUCCUUCGUGGCCCCGACACUCUUCACCAACGUCACGCCGCAGAUGACCAUCGCAAAGGAGGAGAUUUUCGGUCCAGUGAGCGUCGUGAUCAAGUUUUCCACUGAGGACGAGGCUGUGUCCAUCAGCAACGACUCCGUUUACGGGCUGACCGCCGUCCUCUUCUCGAAGGACCACGAGCGCUGUCUCCGCGUUGCAAGAAAGCUCGAUGUCGGCAUGAUAUUCUUCAACCAGUAUAACCGUGCCGUCCUGGGAACGCCUUUUGGCGGCGCCAACCACAGUGGUUAUGGCCGUGAGCACUGCAUAGACACACUGCGGGAAUGGACGCGUGCCAAGGCCAUCCAUCAGCCAUCAGGAUUGCAUGCUGUUCCCCAAUGGAGAGCGGUCAAGGACUGCCUCCAGAACUAG